AACAAAAACCAUCAAUUACUAUCCUUACUCUUUAAUUUUCACAUUUACAUUUGCUCUCACAAUACUGCUCUCCUUCUCAAUUCUAUUGUUCUCAACAUUGUUUGAUUGAGAGAGUGAUUCAUUGUUGUUUUGGUUUGGAAAUGGAGAGGCAGGUGGCAACAUGGGCAGCUCAAAGGCCAGUGGUGAUCUUUAGCAAGAGUACAGACGGCAUUAGCCACUCCAUCAGGACGCUGCUUACCGAUUUUGGGGUUAAUCCCGCGGUUUAUGAGCUGGAUCAGAUGCCCAGAGGGCAUGAGAUCGAGCAAGCUUUAUACAGGCUCGGAUGCACAAGUGUUCCUGCAGUGUUCAUUGGAGGUGAACUUGUUGGUGGAUCCAAUGAAAUCAUAAGUCUUCACCUUAGUCAAUCCUUAAUCCCGAUGCUUAAACGCGCUAACGCGAUUUGGGUUUAGCUUUAAUCCCACUACUUAACACCAACCUACAUACAACAAUAAAUGCGUAUUAUGAACAUCAAUAAGAGUGAUUUUGAUGGAUAUAUAUAUAUGGAUUAGUAGUAUGUACUAAUGUUAAUGAGUCUCUAAUUAGUUACUAGGGUUUCUUAUGAGAGUAGCUAAUUAAUUAACUUUGUGUUACUGUUUUUGUAAUGUAAUCCUAUAUGUAUGUGUUUUUGCCUUUUUGGUAAUAAGAAAGUUAUGUUUGAUGUGUU